CCUUAUUUUAUUAAUUUAAAGGAAUUAGAAAUCAUUAACGGCUUGCUUCGUUCCUUACAACUUUUUUAUAUUUUCUUCGAGUUUGAUUCAUUUGUGGAUAGACACUCAUUUUUCUUUCAUUUUCUAACAUGCCAUCUGAAGACCAGAUCCGCGCGGAUAUUGACACGAAGCAUCAUAAGGAAAUAGAUACAAGUGGUCAGAAGCAUGACAAUGAAUUCGAGUACAGCUCCAGCUUUGUCGUUGAUUCUUCAGUAUUAUUAAGUGAGAUAAGACGCAUUGAAAAUACUACAAGAGCAAUUUCUCGAGCCCUUGCUGCCAUGACGACAUGCAAUGAAAAUGAAGAAAUAUUAUCCAGAACCCCAGAUCUCUGCAACGAUCUUGAGGACAAUGAGAAAGCGUUAUUUUCUCCCAUACCUGACUAUGUGGCUCAAAUAAUUGACGCUGAAAAACAACGAAGACUGAAAAUGAGCCAAAAGACACAGCCACAUGAUGAAUGCCGUCAAACUAAGGUUUCUGUUCCUCCAAGGCUUUCUGGUGACGGUAGGGCCUAUGUUGAUCCGAGUGUCCCUCUUCCCUUGCCCUACGAUGCCAGACGUGACUAUAAAGGACCUUUAAGAAAAAAUCGCGCGAGAGGCACUUAUCAUGACUUAUUCUAUGGAGACAGAUCUGAAUGUGUUUUUGCACCACCACAGGAUAACAAACGCAUUCAAAUAGAGCAAAAAAAAAAUUCCAAGCCAGUGCCUUCCAACGCUAAGCCUCCGAGAUACGAGCCGACCCCACGGAAGACAAUGAAAGUGCCAAAGGACUUAGCUCCUACUUGUGCUUAUCGUAAAAAAGCUGACCCACACGAUGAAAUAUAG